GCAGCUGUUGUCUUGGUACACAAUGUCUCAGAACAGCAUUGUAUCUCCAGCGGUGUCCCCAGCCGACCUGCUCCCUCCAGCGGUCUCCCCAGGCCCCCUGCUUCCUCUCUGGGUACGUUGUGACAUGGCCGACCCUGCUGGUACCACCUGGCUAGGAGCAGAGACCGCCUGCACCGGCAACAAAGUCUCUGGGGUCAAGCUAUACUCCGUCACAUGUGCAGGUUCAACUGUGGACAAGGGCGCAUUCAUCACUUUAGAUGAGCUGAAACAGGAACACAAGAGAAGACAUCAUCCGUCCAUGAUGGUUGCAAGAGGCACAGCCCAGUACAACCUGUUUGGGUCUACUGUGGUGGAGAAAACGACUAUCGAAUCUCAGAGCAGUGUCACAGUGGACUUCAGAUGGAGCCACGUGGAGACGAUCCUGGAGACUCCACCUCUCUCCUCCAUGGCCACUCUGAAUAUCAAGGUGUCCAGUGGCGACAUGAGAAGUCCCAUGUAUCCGUUGUACAGGGAGCUGGAGUUUCUACAGAUGCUGGCUGAUGGUCUGAGGACCGGAGAGACUGAGUGGAUGGAACCUGUGGAGACCAUGUCUGCUGUGCAGUUGACAAGGGAGUACCUGGAUGAACUGCAGAACACUGUAAAGACUCUGCAGGAUCAGUCUACCAAAGAGGCAGUGAAGGUGAAGACAGAGAUGGGAACAUCAGAGACAGAGAUAUUCAACUCUCUGAUGGAGAGAGGAGAUCUGGACUUCAUAGAACAGCUCUGGGUUCGCAUGAGGAACAGUGUGACUUCCUAUCAAGAUGUCGGAGACUGUCUGAAAAUGGUCAUCAAAGCUUUGCAGUAUGGUGACAUUAAACCAUGGGUUGGAGCUGAUGAUGCGUUUGUAGUACUGAACCGAGGCUUUUGGGUAACGUGGUUUAUUCUGGUUCCUGAAGUCUACGUAGUACAGGCCGAACC